UCUUCGACGGAUGAAUAUUCCUGAUGCGCAUGGUUGGAAAAGCUGUUAAGAUUGCCUGCGUCCGAUCUCACGGAAUGGUCAGAUAUGUGAGGUUUUGGCUUUUUCUGACACUCGCUGAACUCUACUUUUAUGUAGUUCGCGUCUCAGGAAUUUUUGAGGAUUUACUAACAAUCAACCUUCAUUCCAUGAUCCUUUUGCAUCCACAAUGGAGUCUGCCACAGCAACACCCCAGCAGAAUCCUCAUUUACACCAAAAAUCCUCUUCCCGCUUUUCCUUGCAAAACCCACAGCUAAGUGCAAUGGAAAGUCUUUCAAAGGAACCAAACAAACAGUUGCACAAUCUUUUACUUACACAACAGCAUGGUAGACAUAAUGGUUUGAAGUCGGAAGCAUUAUCUAAAUUGGCAAAAACUUCAUUGCUUUUAGACAGCAGUAUGCCUUCCUCAAAGAUCCACUGCAGUGAGACCACUGUACUCAGUCAGAAGGAUUUAACUCUUAAUUUGUCACAGGGUUCUGCUUUGAAACUUAGUACUCUGUUCAAACCUUCACCUCUUACUUCAGUGAAGCUAACUGGGUUUCCGGAAAGACUGGAAAGCCAAUUUUUACCUCAAAAUAACAUCAGUCAGAAACCUGAAACUUGGGUAAAUGAACCACCUAUGUCUGAUGACUCUAUGGUGUCAGAGGAGAAAAUGGAUGAAGAUAAAGAACUGAAGGAUUCCACAAAUAUUGGGGAGUGUGAAGAGAUGCCUAUUUACGAUUUAUGGGACAUACCAGAAACGGAUGAAACAGAGCCAUUAGUUAAACUCUUGGAUCGGAUAGAACAAUCUGAUGAAAUAGAAGAAAAGCUUAAAGAAAAUAAGAUUCUUUUUUUAAAUUUGGUAUGCUGCUCUUUGAUUAAAUUGGAGAGACCCCCAAAAGAGGACUGGGAGAAAUACACAUGUAUAUGGUCUGACCUGAACAAACUUGCAACAGAAAUUGCAGACAAAGAUCCAGAGUUUAUUCUUAAGACAGCAGUUUAUACAAGGCAAGAAUUGAACAUUCGUUUGACUGCCAAUUUCCUGAGUGCGAUUGCAGCCAAGCUUCCUUCAACACGUCCACAUGUGCGCAGAUACUUCAAAGCUGCAGUGCAUCUUCCAUCAGACUGGUUAGAAGUUGCAAGGCUGUAUAACACAUGUUUUGGAUCAUGUAUGCCAUCUUGUCUGAAGAAAGCAUUGACUGAAAAAUUUAAAGAAUUCAAUGAGUUUCAGCUGGCAAAAUACAACACAAGAAAACAACGAUGCAAACACAAGGGGACCCAUAAGAGUACUAAACAAAAGGAUGAGGAAGCUCAACAAUCACAAAUCACAAAGUGGGCUAAACUUUUGAAAAUCAGAGAUUUUGAAUUCUUAAAGUAUAAGCGUUCCUGUAACAGAGCCCCUGCAGACAAGCAACAGGAUGUUUUUAACCUGAAGAAUAUGAUUCAGAAACUGCACAUUAAAAAACCAGCAGAACUGGUCAUGUCUGUACUUGGACGUAGGUAUCCAUCUGAUAUGAGGUCUUACUUUAGAAGUGGGUUGUCUGGCCCUUGGGAUUCUCAACGUGCUGGAAAACGAAUGAAACUGAGUCAACCUGAAACUUGGGAACGAAAACUUUGUCUUUUGGGAAACAAAACAGAAGUUUGGGAAGACCUUAUUGAUAAAAAUCAACUUGGCUUCAUGGCAAUGCUAAGGAAUCUGCGUAACAUUAUCAUGAAAAACGUUAGUGAAACUCAUCACAAAAAGAUCAUCCAUAGGCUGUCAGAUAAGAAAUCAGUGAUUCACAGCAGACAGUUUCCUUUUCGGUUCCUUUCUGCGUACAAAGUCAUUGUGGAUUUGGAAAAGCAACAGAAAGAAGCUGCUGAACAGCCAUUACAAAGUCGCUCAGAGAUGUUAGCCAAGAUAUUGAGCCAAGUACACAAAUCCUUCAAAUCUGAGGUGUCCAUAUCAGGCUGGACGAGUAAACGAAGAAGAGCAUUGCGUGUGCCUCUAAUAUACAAACAGCUAAAACUCAGAGAAACUUACCAGCGAAAAACAAGGAACCUACGAUUAAACAUGGAUCUGCUACAGAAAUAUAAGAAUGCUUUAGAGAUGGCCAUCAACAUUUCUUGCCAACACAAUAUACCUCCUCUUAGUGGUCGUAGCCUUAUUUUUAUCCGUUGUGAUUCUGAAUUGAAUAUGCAGUGCAGGGGCGCUGAAAGUUUCUGCAUUUCCUCAGAUUCUGAUAAAGGACCUGUUAAAGUCAAAGAGGUUGCAUUGUUGUUAGGACUAAUGAUGGCAAGUGUUAGUGAAAAUGCAAAAUUGUAUUUCUUUGAAGAUGAUAAAUAUCAGGAAGCAAAGCUACAGCAUGGAACUGUACUGGAGAAUCUAGAGCCCCUGAUGCAGCAAUGUGAGGCUUUUCCAGAGUCACAGGAAAAACUGUCAGUAUCCAAUUUCUUUUUUGAUUUAACAGCUCAAGGAAUAAAGGUCGACACCUUGAUGAUUAUGUGGCCAAAAUUUCCCUUUGAAGAUUUAGAGUACCCUGUGCAUCAAUAUCGAAGACAAGUGAACCCUAACACACUUGUGAUAAAUUUGGGUUUUAAUGAUAGAUUUGAAACAUCAAAAUCUGUUGAUAAAAACUGGGUAGAACUCUAUGGAUUCACUGAGCAAAUUCUAAAGUUUAUGGCUGAAAGGGGCUCUUCUAGAUUCCUAGAACACAUUGAGAACAUCAGUGAAACUUACAACAUUCCACCUAAAGAGGACAAUGCCAGUAAAUUAACAGGAAUCAUUGAUCAAAGUUUCAUACCCUUGGUGCCAAAAGUGAGCUGGCGAAGUAUACGUGUUUUUAUCUCCUCUACAUUUCGAGACAUGCAUGGGGAACGAGAUUUACUGAUUCGAUAUGUCUUCCCUGAACUGAGACAGAGAGCUGCCCAUCACUAUAUCCACCUACAGGAAGUCGACCUACGCUGGGGUAUAACUGAAGAAGAAGCACGUAGCAACAGGACUGUGGAACUGUGUCUGUCAGAGGUAGCAAAAAGUCAACUUUUUGUUGGAAUUCUUGGAGAGCGGUAUGGACUAGUUCCAACUGACAUAUCUCUGCCUGACUUGCCUCAUUUCCAGUGGGUGAAGACUGCGCCCCCAGGCCUGUCAGUGACGGAGCUGGAAAUUAUGCAGUUUCAGAAGCAGAAUGGUAGCUUUGCCAAUCAAAAAAUGUUUUUUUAUCUGCGAACACCAGAGCUCAUCAGAUCAGUUCCAGAGCAAUGGAGAUCUGAUUUUGUUGCAGAAUCCACUGAAGCUAGAGGAAAAAUGGAAGAUCUCAAAAAACGACUAAAACAGAGUGGCACCAUGAUUACUGAAAAUUAUGAAGCUGAAUGGGGUGGUGUGUCCCAUGGGAAGCCCUACACCAAAGGACUGGAACAAUUUGGAAAAGCUGUUCUGUCUAACUUAUGGGAGGCCUUGAAACAAUUCUUUCAUGUGGAACAGGAUGAUGAAAUUUUGGAUUCGUGUUCAAAACUGACUGACCAGGAAGUUUUUAAAGAAUCUCUGCAGCAUCAGAUAUAUGGGAGAAAAAAGGUUUUAGGUACAGCAGCCACUAAAAUUCGAGAAAUGGGAAGAGGAAAAUGCUUUGUAAUAAAUUCUGGUCCUGGUCAAGGAAAAACAGCUUUAAUGGCUGCUAUGGUAAAUGAAUUUAAAACUUCAUCAAAGAAGACUGAAAUCGCUGAUGUUAUCUGUUAUUUCAGUGCUGCAAGUCAAGCAGCAAACAAUGUUGAAAAUUUUCUGCACUUUCUUGUUCGAUGUCUGAACCAGAGACUUGGGCAAGACCUUGAUCCACCUACAGGUUAUCAGGCCCUGCUUAAGGAAUUUAAUUCUUUGCUCCAGUCAUCAUGCAGAUCAAAGUCCAAUCCAUUUUUAGUUAUUUUAAUUGAUGAUGCAGACUUAUUACAGAACAACAGGGGACAACUAAUUUCAGAUUGGAUACCUGAGAGUCUUCCUUCGAGAGUGACUCUUGUGCUCAGUGUAACCUCAGACUCGGAUUUGCAUCGGUCUCUGAAUAGGAAUAAAAACAGCAUCCUCUUUCAACUAGAGUCACUUUCCACACUAGAAAAGAAAGAGAUUGUCCAGAGUGUCUUAUCGCUUUAUGGAAAGAAGCUAAGUGAGACAUCUUUUAACAACCAGAUGCAAGUUUUACUCAGGAAGAAGGGAUCCAACAGUCCAUUAUACUUGAAACUGGCAUGUGAAUAUUUGAGAACAUAUUCAGUUUUUGAGCAGAUGAAAGAUGAACUUCAGAAUCUCCCUUCAACACUGGACAAACUUAUUCUACGAGCUUUAUCUCAUCUGGAAGAGGACAGCAAAGUUAAGAACCUGUCCUGGGUUUUUGCAGUAUUAGCUGUCACCAAGACUGGCCUAAGAGAGAGAGAUCUCUAUGAUUUGUUAUCGAUGUGCAACAUGUUACGCACAAAUCGUGCUUUGUCUUGGAAUGAUGUAAUGAAUUCUGGAAGGAUUAAUGGAAAUAUUAUUCCAAUGGCAAUGUUUGCCCAUUUGAUGAGGGCUUUGCAGAGCGUGAUUGGUCAGCAUCAUACUGAACACUCUGAUUCACCACUACUCCUGAAAAACAGCAUUAUACAAGUGGCACUAGAGCAACAUUACUUGAAGAAGCUUUCCCUGGAAAAAACAGCUCAUCUUCUUGUUGCUGCUCAUCUGUGGAAACUUUCGGAUCCAGAUAGAAAUGGGACAUUUAAACAUUGCGAUGCUUCUGCUUUGACUGAACUUCCAAUACAUCUUGUUUACAGUGGAGAGCUGCAUCACCUGCAUAGUCUGCUUAGCAAUGUAAAUUUUAUAUAUGCACAUGUACGACUAGGCCUGCUUCCAGAACUUUUAGAGGCCUAUAACCUAUAUGAUUCAGUAAUUUCGCGUGAAGAUCCAGGUUUAUCUUCUCAAAGUUCACUAGAGCCCUUUAAAAACUUCCUUCAUCAAAAUCACUCCAUUCUUUCCCGGGAACCUUGUCUGUUCCUGCAGCAAGCUAUUAAUGAGCCCAACUCUACUGCUGUCUUUCAUUGGGCUCAGGGUGUUUUAGAGAACAAGGUUCCAGGCUUCCAUGUGAUGGAGUGGCUCAACAAACCUCAGCAAGCAAGGAAGAAUAUUAGUAAAACAGUGCACUUUACAUCCAUUCCUGCUUGUGUGGCUGUGAGUCCUUCUGGUAGGGUAGCAGUCGUGGGCACAAAUCAAGGACUUAUUCACGUGUUUACAACAGAUACAAGCCAGGAAAUUAGAUCAAUUGCAAGUGCUUUUGAUGGCAUUUCAACCUGUAUCUUUCUGGAUGAAGCAACUUUAUGCUCCACUUCCUUUAAUGGGCAAAUUGAACUUUGGAACAUUGUCAGUGGAUACAGAGUGACGCACAUUGAAGGACAUCGAAACCAGAUUACAUCAUGUGAUAUUAGUCCAGACAAAAAGCAUUUUGUCACAGUUUCUUUAGACAUGGAUUUGAAGGUGUGGAAUGGAAGUAAAGGAAGCCUUGCAGCAUCACUUUCAAAUCCUUCUCCUUUGAACUGUGUCAGCUUUCAUCCAAAUGGUCAGUUAAUAGCUCUUGGAAGAUGGGAUAGAUCAAUAGGUAUUUGGGACUGGCUGUCAAGAGAGACUUUUACUACUUUGGUUGGACAUGGCUCCUCAGUACGAACCCUGGCAUUUGCACCCUCUGGGGACUUUUUGGUAUCUGGCGAUAUGGAUGGAGAGAUUAGAUUCUGGUCAGUGCCAUCUGCAGUCUGUGUGACCAGUUUUUCAGCACACAGUGGCUCGGCUGAGGUUGUUCAGUUUUUGGACAGUGGUCGACUGCUGAUGACUGCUGGGGCUGACAGAAUGGUGCGACUAUGGUCUGGAAGUCCUGGACAGAAUGUUGGGAAGUUGCCAUCCUCUGAUUGUUCAGCACUAAGUGUAGACAUAAGCAAUGACUACAUAGCUGUUGGCUUCCACAGCAGCGGAAUUAGAAUCCACUACAUCCGUUCAGGUGAGUUGUUGUGGGAAAGCAAAGAACCCAAAGUUUCAGUCUGGUGUGUAAUAUGGUUAGAGCAAGAAAGACUUCUUCUGUCUGGAAGCAACGACUGCAUAUUACGUGUAUGGAAUCUUGAAUCAAGACCAAAUAUGGUUUGCAAAGAUAUUCUAAAAGAGCACCAUGGACCUAUCUAUGCUUUGGCAAAAUCAGACACUCUUGUGGCAGCUGCUUCAGAUGACUUUUCUGUGACAUUGUGGUCAGUGGAACAUCUAAAAAGUAAUUCUAGUGGUAAAAAACCAGUUGCUGUACUAAAGGGACAUUCUGCAGGAGUUACCUGCCUAUCAUUCAGCCCAAGUGGAAGUGAGCUUGUAACUGGAAGUAAAGACUUGAGCCUUAUCUUUUGGGAUGUCAAGAGUUCUUCACCUACAAUUUUGAGAUCUUUUAAACGCUGCCAUGCUGACUGGAUCACAGGAUGUGCCUGGAAUUCACAAGCUUUGAUCACUUCUUCUAAUGACUGCAGGCUUUGUGUUUGGGAUCCCCUGUCUGGAAAAUGUUUAAAUGAGUUUUUGGGACACAGUGCUGCAGUGAGCUCUGUCAGUUUACUGAAUGAAUAUGUGGUUUCAUCAGGAGGUGAUGGUAAAGUUCGUGUAUGGAAAGUAACCGGGGCUGAAAUCGCCCACAUUUCAGCACAUGUAGCCAGAAUAAAUGAAUGUAUAUUUGCCACCUCCAGAUGGAAAAAAUCCACAGAACCAACAGGUGAAUCUGAGAAUCAAGAACUGAAACCUGAAGAUAUCUGGUUAGCUACAGCUAGUGAUGAUGGAACAGUAAAAUUCUGGCAACCCCUGAUGGUUCAACACAUGAACUCCUUGGAGGGUCACAGUGGUUCAGUUCUUGCUGCAGCUCAAAGAAAAGAAAAUUUCUUCACAGUUUCAGAUGACCAGUCGCUUAGAAUAUGGCAGCUACCAAAUGAGCCAAUUCCACCUGCCGUACAUCAUGGAAGUGUUAAAUUGUGUGCCAUCUCUCCCUGUGGUGAAAUAGUGUUGUCAGGAAGCAGUUCUGGAGAGCUCUGUGUGUGGUAUCACAACUCUUUGGCGCAGAAGUUGCAGAUGAGCAAGUACCCAGUGAAUGCUGCUCUGUUCAAGUCUGAGUCAGAGUUUAUACUGGCGUGUUCUGACAAUAUUGUUUGUGGAUGGAGGAUAAAUCGCAGUACUCCAGAGAGCUCCAUAUCGCUGAAACUGAUAUCUUCCACAAGAGUCAGUUCACCAGUGACUUGUCUUGCCCAAGGUCCAAAAUUGCUUGGUGGCUGUGCUAAUGGAACUCUUAUAUCCAUUCCUUUCCAUGAAAAUUUCACUACUGACUGGGAAAGUGAGCAUCAUAUUAUCGGAUUCCUGCCAAAAACUAAGAAGAACAUCACCAUUGCUGCUGAAGUUGAAGGAAUGCUUGACAUUAAAUUAAUAGAUUUUGAAAACUUGACGCUGCAAGUUUCAAAGAAAGACAAGGAGGUGCUCAACUUGGAAGGAAACUCUUGGAUUACAUGUGUUGCAUCAUUUGAAAAUUCUUUAACUUGUGGAGAUUCAGAAGGAUACCUGUGGUACAGAGGUAAUUCAAAGGAUUCCAAAUGGAAUAAGAUGAAGGUGCACAAAAAUAAAGUCAGUGCUUUGAAAAUGACAGAAAGUGUGAUCAUCACAGCAUCCUAUGACCAAAGUAUCAAACUAUGGGAUUGUAAAACAAUGAAACAGGUGGGUUUGUUUCUCUGUAAAGGACCAGUUACAUGUUUGGAAUUGAACCCCAGUCACGACAGAUUUCUGGUGUGUGGAGACAUCUUAGGAAAUGUUUACUUUAUUGAAUGGACAGAAUGAAGAAUAUUAUUAUAAUAGGUACCAAUGCACUAUUGUCACAUAUGUACUGAAACACUUAGUGAGUUCAGUUUCUUUCGUUCUUUA